CAGGAGGCGUCGUUCAGUGCAACAUGGUCGCAUGAGUCGAGGAGGAGGAGGGGGGGGGACGAGACGGGGACGAGACCAUUCCGGGAGCGACGACGCACGGCCACUGCUGGAAUCCGUGACAUUUGUCGACGCAGCCCACGGAGGAGAGAGAAACCCACGGUUCUGGGAAAAUACAGAGGGCAGCGGCGGCAGAUAGACCGACCGAUAGACCGACAGAUAGAGGCGUGGAGGCGAAGAGGAACAGCACGUUUCCCCCUCCACCACCUCUACCUCGCGGUGUCCUAUUUCGUUGGUGAAGGAACGUGCAGGCAGGCUGUCUCACACUAAGCUAUGGAAUGCUCCCUGCUCCCACCAUCACUAGUCUCCAAUCUUUGGACUGAGCUCCAAACGCUAAGUUAGCGGCUGUGCUUCUCCCCUCGAACUCUUUACAACCAGGGGACGAAGAAAAAAGGACUGGGCUCAUUGAGUCCUCCGCUAAAAACGCACAGAGCACCUCGUCUUUUUUUUUUUUAAAUUUUAGAAUAUUUAAUCAUUUUUUUGGUUUGUUUUUUCUCCGCUUGGAUUUUUUUCUACCGAAAUCAUAUCAAGAUGGACAUGGAUUCAUACCUGUGGAUGGUCAUCCUUGGCUUCGUCAUUGCCUUCAUCCUGGCCUUUUCGGUGGGUGCCAACGACGUGGCCAAUUCCUUCGGCACGGCGGUGGGGUCCGGCGUCGUCACGCUGAAGCAGGCCUGUAUCCUGGCGUCCAUCUUCGAGACCCUGGGCUCGAUGCUGCUGGGGGCCAAAGUGGGCGAGACGAUUCGGAAGGGCAUCAUAGACGUCAACCUGUACAACGAAACGGUGCCGGUGCUCAUGGCGGGGGAGGUCAGCGCCAUGGUCGGGUCAGCGGUCUGGCAGCUAAUAGCCUCCUUCCUCAAGCUGCCCAUCUCUGGGACUCACUGCAUUGUUGGCGCCACCAUCGGGUUCUCCAUGGUGGCCAUCGGCACCAGGGGCGUGCAGUGGAUGCAGCUUGUCAAGAUUGUGUCGUCUUGGUUCAUCUCCCCCUUGCUCUCCGGACUCAUGUCUGGACUUCUCUUCAUGCUCAUCAAACACUUCAUCCUCAACAAGGAGGACUCUGUCCCGAAUGGCCUGCGAGCGCUGCCUCUGUUCUACGCCACCACCAUCGGGAUCAACACUUUUUCCAUCAUGUACACUGGAGCUCCUCUGCUCGGGUUAGAGAUGCUGCCGGUGUGGGCCAUCUUUCUCAUAACUUUAGCCGGGGCGCUGGUAUGUGCAGCUCUGGUCUGGUUUUGCGUGUGUCCUUGGAUGAGGAGGAAAAUAGCAAGUCGUCUAAAGAAGGAGCAGGCUCUGUCCAGGAUCUCCGACGAGAGUCUGGACAAGAUACCCGAGGAGGAGGAGGAGAGUCCCGUCUUCAAGGAGCUCCCCGGGGCCAAGGGAACAGACGAGGCCGUGCUGCCGCUCACCGGGGGCAGCGGUGAACGGGGCACGCGCGACUCCAGUGGGGAGCUCACCAACCUGGCCAACGGCGGCUCCGUCCUGCCAAACGGCAGGGUGUAUGGUCGGACCCACUCGAUGACCAACGGCUGCCUCAAGUCGCCCAUCUCGAAUGGCAGCUUCAGCUUCGAUGGCCACAUGCGCAGCGAUGGCCAGGUGUACCACACGGUGCACAAGGACUCGGGUCUGUACAAAGACCUGCUUCACAAAAUCCACCUGGGCCGCAUGGACGACGGCGACCGCUCGGGCUCCAACGCCGGCCCGCCCGACAACAACUACCGCCUGCUGCGGCGCAACAACAGCUACACCUGCUACACGGCGGCGAUAUGCGGCAUGCCCGUGCAGCCGCUCAUACGCACAGAGUCGCGCGAGGACAGUGAAAAGCUGGUCGGCGAGGGGGGCGGCCGGAGCAACAGCGUGUCCUACUCCAAGAAGAGGAUACGCUACGACAGCUACUCGUCGUACUGUAACGCCGUAGCCGAGGCUGAGAUCGAGGCGGAGGAGGGAGGGGUGGAGAUGAAGCUGGCCACAGAGCUGGAGGGGGUGGAGGAAGAAGGAGCUCCGGCGCCGGUGCCUCUGGACGACUUGGCCGAGGAGGACCACGAGGAGAAGGACAAGCCCGAGGUGUUCCAGCUGUUCCACUUCCUGCAGAUCCUCACCGCCUGCUUCGGGUCCUUCGCCCACGGAGGCAACGACGUCAGUAACGCCAUCGGGCCCCUGGUGGCGCUGUGGAUGAUCUACGACCAGGGCGGCGUGAUGCAGGAUGCUGCCACUCCCAUCUGGCUGCUGUUAUACGGCGGUAUAGGCAUCUGCACCGGCCUGUGGGUGUGGGGCCGCCGCGUCAUCCAGACCAUGGGCAAGGACCUGACUCCCAUCACCCCCUCAAGCGGAUUUUGCAUUGAAGUAAUGAGUGCGCUAACAGUGCUUGUCGCAUCAAAUGUGGGCAUCCCAAUAAGCUCCACCCACUGCAAGGUGGGAUCGGUCGUGGCCGUGGGCUGGAUCCGCUCCAAGAAAGCCGUGGACUGGCACCUCUUCAGGAACAUCUUCCUGGCGUGGUUUGUCACGGUGCCCGUGGCCGGCCUAUUCAGCGCUGCCGUCAUGGCCCUGUUCGUCUACGGCAUCUUGCCCUUCGUCUGAGGGCACACGGCCGGGAGGGAGACACACAAGAGGAAAAUCGAGGAUCGGAGAGGGAGAGAGAGGGAGAGGGAGAGGGAGACAUGGGUAAAAAUCAUAGCGGGGGUGUCAGGGGUAGAGAUACAGGAGAAGGAAAUGAAGAGCAAAAGGUCAAGGGUGAAGAGGGCGCGAGGAGAGGGAGGGAGCUGCAGAGGCUCACAGACGGACUCGGUUGUACUGUGGAUGUGAGAAGGGUUGGUUCACUUGCUUCCUGGCUCCAGAGAUCUUCUGGUCCCGGUUUUUUUAAUUUAUUCUCUUAUGUGCAUUUGAAAGUGUGACCGUAGCCACUUCAAUCUGCUGUAACGCGCGACAACAAUAAUGAGAUUUCCACUCACUUUUAACAAGAACGAUUGUUGUCGUUGGAGAAACGGUGGCAGACAUUUUCUGUCAUAUAUUAAAAAAAAAAAAAGAAGAUCAAAACCAGUUAAUUAAACUGACAAACACGCCUGCAGUAACACCUAUAUCCUACUGCCUGCAAUCCCAGGUUAGCAUAGUUGGUCACGUGCUUAUUAUUCCAAAAUGCCAGGAAAAAAACACAUGUACAUAUUAUUGUAUUGGAUUGAGUGCGAUUUGUUGUAUUGCAGCUUGCUUUAGAAUUUUAAAAGAGGAAAAAAAGAAAAAGAAAAGCUGCGCGUGGUCAACCAACCCAUCCAUCAUCUCACGCUCGACACGCUCGCCGGGUACAACUGGGGCCAAAAGGAGAGGACGCCUCGGAGGGGGGUGGUGCGACUGUCGCUCUGCUUUUGUUAUUUUCCACAUGAUACCAUAGAAACCUGAUUUGCUAAAGAGCUGAUUUUUUUUUUUUUUCUUCUAAAAGCUCCUGUAUGUUAUUGGAAAUGGAUCUCAUAUUUUUUAAUGAUGUAUUAUAUUGUAAUUUGUACUGUAAAUACUGUCCCGAAAGAUUUUGGGGGAGGGGGGCGACAAUGGGGGAUCAUGGUUUGUAUUUAAUUUCAAGUGGGUGGGUGAGGCGUUCCCCUCUUCAUGAUGUCAUAUCAUAUAGUAUAUUUCAUCCCAGACACUCAAGUACACAUGAAUAUACACAACUUAACAUGCUGCUGUUUUUUUUUUUAUUGUUUUUUUUUGGGUGGUUUGCAGAAGUUUAUUUACUGAAAAGGAAAAAAAACGUGUUUGAAAUUUAAAGUAAUGAAUCAAAUCCGUCCUCGAAAAACUGGAGGAAUGCCGUUCCGCCUGAAUCUGUCCCGUCGGUGAACUCGACAGUGUUGACGGAAGGAUCUUUGGUUUAAGAUUUUGCCCUUGAGAGAAAAGGUUGGGGGUCGCUCUUUGAGAGCAGCACCGACGCCAAAGUAACCGGUGCUGUCGCCUAAUUUGAAGCAGAACGAUGAGGUUCGGGUGCAGCAGAAGCCAAAACUUAAUAAACGAAUAGAGACGAAUGGCAACUAAAAUGUUCACACAGCCGCCUUUUUUUUUUUUCUUUCUUUCUUUCUUUCAUUCUUUCUUUUCCGCUACCGGAGUCAUAUCCUCACAUGGAAGGCUCCCUGCCAAUGACGGGCCCCGCUCACGUCUCACCUGAACCUCGGCCUCGGACCCCCCCCCCCCCCGUCCGUCCGUCCGUCGAGACGCCUCCAAAAGUCACGGCCCUCGUCGUGUCGUAUCAAACACAAAACUAUUCUCCUUUGCAGCUCAGCCGGUCGUACAGAGGUGGAAGGAAAGGAGGCGUUUGGAGUAUUGACCACCUGUGUUUUCUAUCUAAGUGCUAAACGUGAGCUAGACGUCACGGGGUCUAGUUGAGGGCUGAACCGGAGAGAAGAAGAACCCCCCCCCAACCCAGAUGGGGUUUUUGAGGUUUUAAGGCCGCUCAUGUCACAAACGUAUCACAUGACCUUUGUUUUAGGAUCAUGUUGUUUGAAUGAGAUGGUAUCGGAGGGGAGGGGUAGUACUGAUCAUCACCAGCUUUUUAACAGGGUCACCUGACCUGCAGGCGAACAAAGUCUAAAGCGUUUUUUAUUUGAACAAACUCGAUGCCAGGUGUUGCAAUUUCUUUCUUCUUUUUUUUUGUGGUUCUUGUGGUGUGUUUCCUAAUUUCCUUUUCUUUUCUUUUUUUUUCUUUCUAUCUUCUUCUUCUUCUUCUCAUGAACAAAUCUAUGCUUAAAUAACCACUUGCCUUGUAACAUUGUGUUUAACUUUGUGCAGAUACGGUCAGAAUAAUGAAGUACUGUGGUGUUCACAUCGUAGCCAUAUUGUAGAGUAUCUGAAGAACAAAAGAAAAAAAAACUGUUGCCACACGAUGCCGAUGAAAGACGAACCAUUAACCAUGACUUUUUAAGUGCAAGUUAAAAACAAAGUAUAAUAAUAAUAAUAACCCGAAGUGUCUAGAGAGAACGAGAGCAAGUGUGCACACAAUGACCUGUUUUUUUUCUUCAUUUUUCUCUUUUCGUUGUAGUAGUAGUGCAAAUCAUGACCCCUGUCACUUUACACUGCGACAGCAAUGUGUGAACACGUACACGUGUGGGUGCAAUUCAGUUACGAAGAGAAUAACCAGAGGAAAAAGAAAUUUCAUCAAGACUAUAUAUUUUUCUACCAUAUCUGAGUUUUAACCUGGGCGAGCUUCCGGACACUCUGGAGGACACACUGUGGCCUCGGGUGGUGGCGAGAACCCCCCCCCCCCCCCCGGCCCCCCGGUGCCACGCCUCGCUCCCCCCGGGAGCCCGGCGGGUUCCCGUCACAUGCAGACCGACGUCGGUCGCCAGUAGAUCAGAUUUUUAAAAAAAAUUUACCAUUUUUAUUUUUUGAAUUUUUUAGACGAAAACACUUUGUAAUUUUGUUUCCCUGUGCCGCUUCGAUCGCGAGCUGUCGAGAGCGGGACGCCACAAGUGCUCGCCGAGGGCGAAGUCUCGAGGGUCAAAAUCGCCCUGUAGACGCGAGUCGUGCAUUUCAAAACACUUGUCGACGGAAAUCUGGACGAGUGUUUUCCCCUUCGUUUCUAGCAGGUUACAACUCUUGGAGCUCGCACUCUUUCACUCUUCCUGGCUGCGUGUUACGCGGGGGGGCUGCACGGAGCUGGUGCCUUCAGAUUCUCCUGGUACAGGAAGGAAGGAAGGAAGGCGUCUCAAAGCAAUUUCAUGAUGUGCAAAAAGGUCCAGUUUCCCAAAAACAUCCCCCCCCCCCCCCCCCCCGAAAAAAGUACAGCUUGUAAAAGAUCCAGUCAUGGAAGUGAUGGUGAAUGUUUGAGAAGCACAUGAAGGAUCGCCCAGACCGAGCGACUGUUAACAGUCAGUAAACGUACCAAAAAAAUCUCCUUUUUUUCUCAUUGAGUAGAAAGAUAAAAUACCAUAUGUCCUCACAGGUUUAGCUUCUGUUCCACUAACCCCCUCAAUACAAGUUAGUAACAGCUGUUGUUGUUGUUGUUGUUGUUGCAUACACAGAACCAACAACUGGCGGCACGUGAGGAAAUAUUCGCAGAUUUUUUUUUGUUUUACAAAACGUGUAUUGCGUUAUGAAUCGCUCACUGCCCCUUUAAAAAGCUUAAAACAGAAGUAGAACCUCCACAGAUUAUAUUUCAUCUUUUUUAGAAAGCUGUGACCAACUGCAUUGUCUGACCCGAGGUUUGUGGUUUGUCGCUCUUUUUUGAUGAAAUUGAAUCAGAUUCCACCUUUCGUCACGUUAGACCAUCAGGUUUAUUUGUGACAUGGCCGCGCUCGGCUCCGCGGAGCCCCCCUCUGUGACGCCGUCGUGUUUUCCGUUCUUCUAUGCAUUCUCUGUCCUGAUAGGCCAAAGGGGAUGCACUGCUCACGAUGGGGAGGGAACGUGGAAAAACUCAAACAAAACGCCCUCUGGUGGCGGCGUCCAAUGUCCUUCGCAAGGAAAGGAAACGAAAAAAUCCUUAACUCCGGAUUUAAUUACAUACCCAAAUAUUUCUGUCGCAAAAUAUUUUUCGUAAAAUGGCAAAAAAAAAAAAAAUCUGUUGGUUUCAUGAGAGGAUUGUUGAUUCAUGGACACAAUGGUUUCAGGGCCGUUAGAGGAGUCGGGCCUUACCGGCCUCGCUCCAGUUAAUUGCAGGCUCAACUGAAAUUUAACUAAAAAUUCUUGAGACAAUUUCAGAUCGUAUUGUAUCCCAAAAACCAAUCUGUAGGUCUGAAUUUAUGUUUCGGUUAGUUACGUACGCAGCCACCAAAUGGCGGAGUCUGACACUUUCCCCUCCCCGUAGAGAGCGACAGCAUAUUAGACCAGUCCGUUCAAACUGAUCAGCAUAAAUCAAUGAGUGGUGUGAUGCGAUUGCCAUUGAGGGAGUUUUUCUGUGCUUAUAACCAUUUUUGUAAACUUUUCGUAGUGGGAAAAAAAAAAAAACUAGAGGAACAGAAUGUGCCAUUUUCUCUCUCCCUGAAUGUGCAAUACAAGCCGCUUUUCUCGUGAAGGGUGCAACUACAUCGCUGUCGACACUGUGGUCAUGUAGCUCCACCUGCCCUGGUGUAAUAGCGCCCCCUCCCUGUGUGCGUGGAACUAGCACCACCCCACAGAGGUCGGAGGGGCAUCAGUUCAGGCCUCCAUCAUGGUUGUGGCGUGCUGUCUCUCGUUUUUUCUGGUCUGUUUUUCGUGAUGGAAUGUGCUCCUCGGCUGGCCUGCAGGCUUUACAGCUCAGUGUCGUCUUUAUACUGUUUACUGCUGUUUAACUGUCCGGUCCUUCAAAAGUUAAAUAAUAAUAAUGAUAAUAAUAAUAAUAGAUGAAUAUAAAAAAAAUCAAAAGAAACCUGUAGCCUGCUUCUACAAAAAAAAAUCUUAAAAGCUCAUCUGAUUUGCAUAUAUUGUACUGUACUGUUUUAUUUAAGAUUUUAGUGAAAAGAAAUGUCUGCAUUUAAACUAAAUUAUGGGAAUUAAAAUUACAAAGAAUACCUAAA